GGAGCAUGGCGAAGCGCCUCAACCAGAUCGGGGUGGAGAACACGGAGGAGAACCGCCGGCUGUACCGCCAGAUCCUCUUCAGUGCCGACAGCCGGGUGAAGAAAUGCAUCGGGGGCGUCAUCUUUUUCCACGAGACCAUGUACCAGAAGGCUGACGACGGCACCCCCUUCGUCCAGAUGAUCAAGGACAAGGGCAUCGUCGUGGGCAUCAAGGUGGAUAAGGGUGUCGUGCCACUGGCUGGGGCUGAUGGCUACAAGAAGGAUGGGGCCGACUUCGCCAAGUGGCGCUGCGUGCUGAAAAUCAGUGACAACACCCCCUCCGCGCUCGCCAUCAUGGAGAACGCCAACGUCCUGGCCCGCUAUGCCAGCAUCUGCCAGCAGAACGGCAUCGUGCCCAUCGUGGAGCCAGAGAUCCUGCCCGAUGGUGACCACGACCUCAAGCGGUGCCAGUAUGUGACGGAGAAGGUGCUGGCAGCUGUCUACAAGGCACUGAGCGACCACCACGUCUACCUGGAGGGGACCCUGCUGAAACCCAACAUGGUGACCCCCGGGCACUCCUGCCCCACCAAGUACAGCCCCGAGGAGAUCGCCAUGGCCACUGUCACCGCCCUGCGCCGCACCGUGCCCCCGGCCGUGCCAGGUGUCACCUUCCUGUCCGGGGGUCAGAGUGAGGAGGAGGCUUCCAUCAACCUCAAUGCCAUCAACACGUGCCCGCUGGUGCGGCCAUGGGCCCUCACCUUCUCGUACGGGCGGGCGCUGCAGGCAUCGGCGCUCAGCGCCUGGCGCGGGCAGAGGGACAACGCCACCGCCGCCACCGAGGAGUUCAUCAAGCGCGCGGAGGUGAUGGGGAUGGCCCCCGCAGGAGAGGGACGCUGCAUCCCAUAG